GUUAAAUUGGGCAUAUCAAAGUUUUAGUUAACCUCGGAUUUGGUGUUAAAACGUCUUAACAUUUCAUUUGGUACAGGUCCGUAAGCAGGGAGGAAAUAAAACGGAAAUAUAAACCCAGAUGGCAGGCAGACUUUCGGUUGCUGAUAAAAAGCAGCUAGAAAGAUACAUCCAAGCUGGUCCGAAGGACUUCAGCUUGCUGUACAGUUUUACCGGAAAUGGGGCAGAUGCAUCAGUUUUCCACCAGCUUUGCAACAAUAAAGGCCCAACAGUUACCGUUAUUUACAGUACACAGGGGACAGUUUGCGGGGGGUAUUCGGAGAAAAGUUGGGCACCGGGCAGUAUGUAUUUAAGAGACGAACAUGCCUUCCUCUUCCGUCUGCGACAGAAUGGAAAAGUAGCACCUGCAAAGUUUCCGGUCAAUACGGCCGAUAAUGCCAUUUAUUGUAACAAUGGAUAUGGGCCUACAUUUGGAGGCGGUUACGAUUUGAGUACAUUCACUGGUGCAUUAAAAGUUCAAAAUUACGAGUACACGACGAAUUCUACAUCCAACUUUGGAUAUUCAUACGACAUGGGUCACUCCGGGAGAACUACGUUCCAACGUAAGUCAUGUCUCAACGAUAUCACGUGACAUAUCUCAACGACGUUUGGUUACGGUAUCGCUCUAUAUGACACGGCUUACAUAAUUUUCAUAUAUAAUAACUACUUUGAUUAUAUUUACCUGUGUCUUGACAUGAACAUGUUUUCAGAUUCUAAAAGUAAUCGCAUAAAUUGAAUAAAACAUUUAGAUUUUAAAAACAGUCGUC